AUGAAAAUAGUUGUUAAAUAUUUCUAUACAAUAUGUUAAUAGGAAUAAAGAAAGGAAACAAUUCGAUAAAUGAUAGCUGAAUAUUUUGAUGAGAAUAUAGAAUACGAUAAAGAGAUUUUCAAAGAUUAUUAAGAAUUUUUAUAAUUCAUUUUUCCAUUCAGACCGAAGAGUCUUAAUAAAUUAGGAGAAACAAAGAAUCAUAAUUAUUGUAAGAUUCUUAUAUCAGAAUUAAUUGAGACUUAAUAAAUUAUGGAUACUAUGUUAAUUGAAUAAAGAAAAUAGUUAAGUUAAUCAGAAAUUUUAAAAAUAUAUAAGGAGAUUGAUUAAAGUUCUGAUGGUUACAUAGAUGUCAUCAAAUUAAAAAAAUAUUUAUCAUAAAAAUUAAACUUUUGGACUUCUAAUGAUGAUUUGAUAUAUAUCUUUAGAAGAAUAGACAAAGAUGAGGAUGCAUUUAUAAGUAUGGCAGAAUUUAUAGAUGAGUUUAAUUUUGAAAAGUAAAAAAUCUCUCAAAUGUCAACGAUGGCUUAAACAAGAUAGUAAUCAUAAACAUCUUCAUAAACAUAAUUUAUACCUCCAUACUCAGAGGAUUGUAAAGAAUUUGCCUUUUUCAUUUAAAAAUUAUUAAAAAUUAAUGUUUUAGAUGAAGAUGAAUUGCUUAAAUUAAAAAGAUAUUUUGUAAAAUAGAAAAAGCAAUCAUUUCUAAAUUUAUUUGAAGAUGUUGCCCAUUCUAUAUAUUUAGAUAAAAGAGAUCUUAUAAAUUUAUUAUAAUAGUAUUUAAUUAAUUAUAAUAUAUUUAGUUUUAAAAUAAGCCUGACUACUAAUAUAGAGAAAAUAUGCAAAUUAUUCAAUGAAGAGAAUCCAGAUUAAAUAGAUUUUUAGGAUUUUCUAAAAUUUUUUACUUUUUGA